AUGUGGUGGAUGCUGUUUCCCCGAUGGAUUUGGUUUCUGCUGGGACACUGUUACACCAUAUUCCUCUAUAUGGACAGUUGUCGCGUGAGAGCUAUGCCGAUGCCCAUGUCUGUGGCAAAGGUGGUGUACUCUCACGCUGGUCUGUGCCCGAAUGACCUGAACCCCAACCUGUGGGUGGAUGCAAUGAGCACCUGUAUGCGCGAGUGUGAAUCUGACCAGGACUGUGAGACGUUUGAGAAGUGCUGCCUGAAUGUAUGUGGUAACAAGAGCUGUGUGGCAGCACGCUACAUAGACAUCAAGGGCAACAAGGGCCCCAUUGGAAUGCCAAAGGGCGCCACCUGCGACAAGUUCAUGUGCUCUCAGCAAGGGUCCGAGUGCGACAUCUGGGAUGGACAGCCUGUUUGUAAGUGCCGGGACCGCUGUGAGAGGGAACCCCACUUCACGUGUGCAUCUGAUGGCAUGACAUAUUAUAACAAGUGCUACAUGGAUGCAGAGGCCUGUUCCAAGGGUAUCUCUAUCUCUGAGGUCACCUGCAGGUACCACCUGACUUGGCCGAACACCAGUCCAAUCCCUGCGGAGACCACCCUACAUCCCACCACUGCCCUCCAGACCACCCUCCCAGCUGACAUCCAACUCCCCGCCAUACACAGUGGCCCCACCCAACUCACUGUUUUUGUUGGAGAGACAGCUAGCUUCCUGUGUGAGGUGUCUGGGAAGCCACGUCCGGAAAUCACCUGGGAGAAACAGCUGAAGGGCAAAGAGAACACCAUAAUGAGACCUAAUCACGUUCGAGGAAACAUUGUGGUUACUAACAUUGGCCAGCUGGUCAUAUACAAUGCACAACUUCAGGAUGCCGGCAUCUAUACAUGCACAGCCAAAAAUGUAGGGGGAAGUGUAUCAGCACACUUUCCCUUGGUCGUGAUAAGGAGAGAAGUGAAAGGUAAGAAUGAAGGAGGGAAUAGCACCAACCUGCCUUUUCCAGCUGAAGAGUGCCUUAAGAGCCCGGACACAGAUGACUGUGGAGAAGAGAGCAUGAGCUGGUACUAUGAACCGAAGAGGAACAAUUGCUUCACCUUCACCUACAGUCAGUGCAAUAAAAACCGUAACCAUUUCGACACCUACGAAGCCUGCAUGCUGUCAUGUGGAGGAGAGCUAGCGGCUCCCUGUAGCCUACCAAGCCUCCAAGGGCCUUGCAAGGCUUACGAGCCCCGCUGGGCCUAUAGCAGCAGCCUGAAGAAGUGCCAGUCCUUCGUCUAUGGAGGCUGCGGCGGCAACGAGAACAACUUUGAGUCCAAAGAGGCCUGUGAAGAGAUGUGCCCCUUUCCGAAGAACCACAACUGCAAGAUGUGUAAACCCCGUGGGAAGAUGGUUACCAGCUUCUGCAAGAGUGACUUUGUAAUCCUGGGGCGUGUGACUGAGCUGACAGAGGAGCAAGAGUCAGGCCAUGCUUUGGUGACAGUGGAGGAGAUCUUGAAAGAUGAGAAGAUGGGUCUGAGGUUCUUUGGCAAAGAACCAUUGGAGGUGACUCUUCUGAACAUGGACUGGAACUGCCCCUGCCCCAAUAUCACCGUAGCUGACGGGCAGCUCAUCAUCAUGGGAGAUGUUCACAACGGGAUGGCCAUACUUCAGCCCGACAGCUUCGUAGGCUCCUCCAGCGCUCGUAGAAUCAGGAAGCUUCGUGAGGUUAUUCACAAGAAAACCUGCGACUUCCUUAAAGAUUUCUCUGCCGUCCAGUAG